UGCCUUUUCCAGCUAUAAAUUCGCUGUUACAGUUAAACUGUGUCCGGAAGAACUCUUAAAAGGUUCCGAGAGCUCCAGCCUGGAAAACUCCCACGUGAAACAUCCCCCGCCCGUGGGCUGAGUCUGUGUCCACCUGUGGGAACCUGUAAAACUGCUGUUGCAGAGGUAUAAAACCUGCCCUCCAAACACCUUCCCAGCGCAGCCGGGAGCAUCUGCUGGAGAUGAGGACUCCUCUCGUCACCCUGCUGGCUGCUGUCCUGUGUGUGCAACAAGCUUAUCCAUUCAUGUGCUACGUCUGCCAAGAGCAGGAGUCCAACAAGGACUGUUUGACCAUUUCCAUGUGCUCAGAGGAGGACAAAUACUGCGUGACCGUGCGGAAGGACGUCAGAACGAAGCCCAACAAGCCCAAAUACAUCAUCUCCAAGAUGUGCUCUCCGACGUGUCCAGCAGCAAGUCAGCAACAAAGCUCUCAGAGGGUUUCUUGCUGUGAGAAACCCUUGUGCAACGUGAAUGGAGCCAGCAGCAAGAAAAGCAGCUUUGGAGUGAUGUCUCUGGCUGUCCUGGCCAGUGUCACCUACAUCUUUGCACGUGGACUGUGAUGGGCUGGGAAAAGCUCCAAGUGACGGCUUUGUUGGCUGAAAUAAAAGUGGGAUAAUUUCUGCUCUCAAAGAUUCAUGUUUUGCGACUGAGCUUCCCCUCGGGAUUUUUGAGAGAGCCUGGAUAAGUCA